UUUGUAGCAAAAUUGCUAACUAGUUCCCUUCCUCUGCUACACAUCUGACCACUGACCGCUCACUUCUCUUUCCUACUACAAAAAAUAGCCUCUUAAAUACAAACCACAAAAUACACCUGGGGUUUCUCCAUUUCUUCUCCGCAAAUACAAAGAUGUGUGCUUUUUUCCUCAGAAAUGGUUCUAAAGCCCUCCACCAUCUCUGUAAAAACCCCUCCAUUGAACCUUUGAAUUUCAAGAACCAUAUUGUUCAUCACCAACUUCAACAUUCUAAAGUCUAUUCAAGAUUACCUCAAUCUUUUUACAGGAAAAAUAAGGAACUUGUUGAGUUGUCAAAUCCUAGUUUUCUGGCUUUCUUUUCAGGGGUUUCAGCCUCUGUUUCCAAAGUUGGGUUCGUGGGUUGGUACUUAGAAAAGCUUAACUCUCGGCCCAUUCUCACCAAGAGUAUUACUUGUGGCCUUAUUCUCACUGCCGCUGAUUUAUCUUCACAGACAAUUGCUGGGUCAUUGAUGACGCAGUAUGAUCUCGCGCGAACAUUGAGGAUGGGUGGUUAUGGAGCACUAAUUGUUGGACCUUCACUUCAUUUCUGGUUCAAUUUUCUGUCAAGGUGUUUUCCGAAGCGUGAUGUCAUCACAACAUUUAAGAAAAUAGCUUUGGGACAGACUGUCUAUGGCCCUGCAAUCAACUCUGUUUUCUUCUCCAUGAAUGCUGCAGCACAAGGUGAAAGUAGUUCAGAGAUUGUUGCCAGACUCAAGCGCGACUUGGUUCCCACUAUUGUCAAUGGUCUUAUGUACUGGCCAAUAUGUGAUUUCAUUACAUUCAAAUUUGUUCCCGUUCAUUUACAGCCGCUUGUUAGCAACACAUUUUCGUACGUUUGGAAUGUGUACCUGACAUACAUGGCAAACCAAGAGAAAGUCUCUACGACGUGAUCCUGUAUAAGCAGCUGUAUCAUCUCUUCUCUGCUAACAAUUCAGAUAUUCUUCUUGCUAACAAACUGGCUGGAGGCAUACCGUUGGAGUGAUUUUCAUUCCGUUGACACGUUAGUGUGGUGGAGCAGAACUUCAGCAGAGGCUGUAGAAUGUGUUAUUUAAUAGUUACUUCGUCCGUCAUGAUUCUUUAUGUAAAAUCCAAGUUCUAGUUAGAAAUCACAUAUUCCUAUAUUAGCUAUCAGAAAAGAGCAAUAUCUACUGCAACGGGCAGGCAUAGUUAUAGAAGAUCUAAUGAAGAUUUUGCGAUUGUAGUAUCAUUCUCUACUGGAGUUCCACUUAACAAUUUUCGAUUAAAAGUUCCUCGAUUACAAUUUAUUAUUGUACCAAAUUGUUCUGAAUA